AUGGAACCCGGGCCCACCACAGCGGCCACGAGACCCUCACCAAGCGGAACCGCAACCUGCGAGUGCAACCGUGUCCAGUGGUGGACCUGUGACUUCUUUAUUAAACAGGUUGUUCCCAUCCUGCUUCAUUUAAUUACAGCCAUUAGUAGUGUACGUCUCUAUAUUCCAAAAGAUCUGAGACCACUAGACAACAGGCAAAGUGUUUUGAAAUCAAUACAGGAAGUACAAAAGAGAUUUCCUGAUGGUGUACCUUUACUUGAUCCAAUUGAUGACAUGGGAAUCAAGGAUCAAGGACUGAAGAAAGUAAUACAGAAAAUUGAGGCUUUUGAGCACAGAAUGUAUUCACAUUCCAUGCAUAAUGACUCAAAUUUGGAAACUGUUUACAGACUUUGUGAGAGGAAAGCACAGAUUGCUGGAGAAAUCAAAGCAGCAAAGCGAGAGCUGAAGAAAGCUCGAACAGUAUUGCAGAUGGAUGAACUGAAAUGCCGUAAACGAGUGAUCAGACGAUUAGGCUUUGCUACUUCAUCUGAUGUAAUUGAAAUGAAAGGACGAGUUGCUUGUGAAAUAAGCAGUGCGGAUGAACUACUACUGACAGAAAUGAUGUUUAAUGGGAUCUUCAAUGAUCUGGCAGCUGAGCAGGCUACAGCCUUACUGAGUUGCUUUGUAUUUCAGGAGAAGGCAAACGAAAUGCCCAAACUGACAGAACAACUAGCAGGUCCAUUACGACAGAUGCAGGAAUGUGCCAGAAGAAUAGCCAAAGUUUCAGCAGAAGCUAAACUGGAGGUUGAUGAGGAAAUGUACCUCGACUCAUUUCGCCCCCAUUUAAUGGAUGUUGUGUUCACAUGGGCAAAUGGAGCUACUUUUGCUCAGAUCUGCAAAAUGACAGAGGUUUUUGAAGGGAGUAUAAUUCGUUGUAUGAGACGAUUGGAAGAGCUCCUUCGGCAGAUGUGUCAAGCAGCAAAGGCAAUAGGAAACACAGAACUGGAAAAUAAAUUUGCAGAAGGAAUUACCAAGAUCAAAAGAGAUAUUGUAUUUGCUGCAAGUCUUUACCUGUAACUUUGAAGUAACAGCAGCAGAAGCACCAUCCACUUUCAGGUUGAAAUUAAAGAACAUGUUUGUGAAAUGUCCAGCAGCAUUGAGGUAGAUGAUUUUUAUGGAGAGAUGUCUUUGGUUAAGGAAUAAAUAGACAACAAAUGAGGAUUGGCAAACUUUGUAUUUUUUUUUAUUUUCCAUUGCUUUUGUGUGUAGUUGAACUCAAGCACCAUCAAAGCAAGCUUCAACAGCUGGAACUGUACAUAACUGUUAUUUUAAUAAACAUUUUACAUUUUGCACUAA